AUGAGUCACAAGGAGCAUAUUCAACCAAUCUGCGUCGAGUAUGACCAAGGAGCGAAUGAGAAGGCAACAUUAGGAAAUCAAUGGAAACGUCCAUGGAACAAGUUGGGCCCGUUCACGGUCCAUCUUGAAACACCACCAAACUGGCAUCCAGAGACGCUUUUUGUAUCAGAACCCGUUAUCAACGCUCUACUAGCGCGCUCAAACAAAUCGCAAGCAAAAAAGCUUAUGCGCUUCGUUUACGAGGAAGAAACGUACGCGACGAAACAAAGCACCAUCUCCACGUUUACAAGAGGGACGACUGUUAUAAAUUUGUACGCGCACAAAAGAGAUCUUUCGCAAGCCCUCAAGCGGGUACCACCUGGCUACGAGCUAGUCGUCCAACAGAAAACAUUCUAA